UCAUUCUCCGUUGGUCCCGCCGUCAGUGGAGCUCAGUCAGUAGACAGUCGGUCCGCCCGGUCAGCUGGUUCCGUUCAUUCACGCGUUACUCGGGCUUCCUGAUGGUAAAGUCAUCACGAGCGACCAGAUAGAUCCCGGCGCCUUCGAGCUCCUCCAACAGACUCGGUCAGCGAUCGGACAGAAUAUCGGCGGCCCGCGCGCCGCAUGUGUGCGAGUGUGCAGCAUCUCCACCGGAAAUAUCAACGGUGCGAGGGACCGGGUCGUCCGUAGAAGAGGAAGAGACGGCGACGGAGGAGGAAGCAGAGGGUAGCGAUUCAGGAAGGAGACGAAGCAGGAAAUGACAAUAUCCUACGCGAGCGAAGUGCCGAACGGCUCCAGCUUUGGCUGCUUCUGGAGGAUUCUGAUCAAAUGGCGUGGCUCAGUUUACAAGCUAAUCUGGCGGGAACUACUGGCGUACCUGUUUUUCUACUACCUCAUCAAUUUUACAUAUCGAUAUGUGCUCAAUGACCAUCAACGGUUAAUUUUUGAAAAAAUCCGUUACUAUUUCGGCAACUCCAGCGAGUCCAUACCCAUGUCGUUCGUCCUGGGAUUUUACGUGAGCCUUGUUGUGAAAAGGUGGUGGGAGCAGUACAAGCUUUUGCCCUGGCCAGACAAUCUGGCUCUCUUCAUCAGCGCCGCCAUUCCUGGAAAUGAUGAACGGGGACGGCUGAUGAGACGCAACAUCGUGAGAUAUGCUGUGCUCGCGUACGUCAUUACGCUGCAAAGGAUUUCGCUUCGCGUCAAAAGGCGGUUUCCGACUCUUCAACAUAUGGUAGAUGUAGGCUUGAUGAUGGAAUCGGAGAAGAAAAUCUUUGAGAUGAUGAAUAAGAAGGCGGCUAUGUCCAAGUAUUGGAUGCCGCUCGUCUGGGCAACCAACAUCAUCAACAGGGCGAGAAAAGAGGCCCUGAUUUCUAGCGAUCAUGUAGUGCAAACUCUGCUUGUCGAGCUCAGCGACAUCCGGAAAAGGCUUGGCGCAUUGAUUGGUUACGAUACUGUUUGCGUUCCUCUAGUCUACACUCAGGUGGUCACACUAUCGCUGUACGCCUACUUUUUCUCGGCUUUACUCGGCAGACAAUUCGUCCAACGUUCCGAAGGCACCGGGAAAUAUGAGGAUCCGGACAUGUAUUUUCCAUUUUUCACAACGUUGCAGUUUUGUUUUUAUGUCGGAUGGCUGAAAGUCGCCGAGGUGCUGAUUAAUCCUUUCGGUGAGGAUGACGACGAUAUCGAGCUAAACUGGUUGAUAGAUAGACAUAUUAAGGCAGGUUACAUGAUCGUUGAUGAGAUGCAUGAAGAACAUCCGGAACUUCUGAAAGAUCAAUACUGGGACGAAGUCGUGCCCAAAGACUUGCCAUACACAGUUGCCAGCGAACAAUAUCGAAAAGAAGAACCAAAGGGUUCCGCGGAACAUUAUAAAGUAAAAGAUAGCGAUGCUCUUUACGCAAACGUUAUGCUGGGCACACAGAUUCACAAUCACGCUCAGCAUCGUAAGAGUCAUCAAGAUGAUAUGUACGCCGAUUAUGAAAGUGUGGAUACUCCGUUGGUGGAACGGAAGAAGAACGGCUGGUUCCAACGGCAGAUCACCAGAGUGGGUUCGGUACGUAGUUCCUCGACCACGUAUAGCAGCGGCGGUGGUUUCUUCUCGCGACAUAGACACAACAGCGUGUACAGCAGCCCGGAAACCGGUGGUCUCCCUCAAACGAAUAAUCCAAAUCUGAAAAUAUCGCUCUACGAUCGUCUUGUGGGACGCAAAAGCGUCCGCAGUCAGCGCAUGGGUCGUCAAGGCACUCUGACAAAGCUGAACUCGGUGCCGGUAUCCCUGAAGAACAGACCGCGUAUACCGACUCCGGAUGUAACAAAAGAGGUAGUCGACCGUGAGCAGAGGCUAGCUCUGUCAGCCACCAAUGCGGCGAACAUCGGCGCCGGCGUGGUGGGCGUGAUGACGGCGAAUGGUCAUUAUCCGACCGACCUGUCGGUGGUGGUAUUAUCGCCGAUACAGGAAGCGGAGAGCACCCCCGCUUCAGGGAAGUCCGGCACGGCGGCCCUGGCGCAGGCCGUGCUCUCGCCGACGUUGACCAGCGCCGGUCUAAUGACGCCGGUGACCUUAACACCGGUCACCAUGGGUCAUCUAACGCAAUUGGGCCUAAUGACGACGGCGACGACGACGACACCGCACAUUAACCAUCAGAGCAACAUCGUCCAAGCGACGUUGACGGAGGUCACGUCGAGUGAGGAGGAUAGUAGCGGAAGUGGUAGCAGCAGAAGCGGAAGUAUCACCGGGCAGGAAGAUCGCUCGACGCCGCUCAUCGAUAAUAACAACAGUCUGAUAGGUAGCAACGGCAGUUCGCCCACCUUCGAUAGUUACAACGAUCGCUCGCCGAUCUUGAUGAGACCCGAAAAACUCGGUUACGUGAUCACCGCAGCCGUAGCCGGAGCGGCAAGUAACGCGGCGGCGGACGCGCGCGGUAGACGAUCAGCGUCGUUGCCCGGUCCACCGGUUGUGCAGUCUGUUCGCGACAAUAAAAGCGCAUCGCUGCCGCAAUCUCCGGGAUUGCAGCCAAGAGAAACCCGUAUGGUUUCCGUAUCGGGCAGGCAGGACGGUCUCAUUGUGGACAGGCUGGCCGUCUUAUCCGGCAAUCGGCCGAGAACCAACAGUUUUGGUCAUGAUAUCUCCAGGUCCAAUCAGAAGGUGCAGGAUACGUCGAGAAAAAUCAGUAGCGUUUCGUGUACAAACGCAUCGCUUUCAAACGGUUUAGGCACAGCGUCCUCGACGUCGUCUGCGAGCGUAUCUACUAGCACGACUGUCACCGGUAGCAAAAGAGGCGAAGUUUACGUUUGAUGAAGGAGAUAGCAUAAACUUUAAUCGUUCUAAUGAUUAGAAGAUACAGACUUGUCGAUGUUUCUUGAGAUUCAUUUCCGUCCGUUAUUGUGAUGUCUCGUAUAUGCACUGCAUGCAGUGGAUCCAUCCGGAGAACUUUUUUUUUUUUGAUCAUCUAGAUUGUUUCGAAUGAUCUACUGCAAAUCGCAAUAGCAUUGAUUGCGUCUUAAAUAUCUUAUCGUUAACAAUCAACAAAGAGGAAUAAUUUUUAUUCCCCUUUAAUUUCGCGCCAUUAUUAUUUGUAAAUAGUUAUUUAUAUAUUAAAAACUUUAUAUGACUCGUAACGAUCAAUCUUAUAAAAACAUAUAUUUAAAUGUGUAUUAUAAUUAUUAAAUUGACUCGACAUGCGAGUGUAAGAUGAUUGAUUCCCGUGGGAUAAAAUCACGCGGGAAAGAUCAAUUAUUACCAAUCGAUUAUCGAUUUUACACUUGCAAUAAAAAAAAGUUAUAAGUAUAAUGUUUAGGGCAUAAAAGUACUUUGACAAUUCAAUGGAAAAUAGAAAUAUUUUUGUAUCGUCGUGCAAUAAAUAAUCUAGUACUGUAAGAAUAUAUCAAUUAAUAUUAUAUACAUAUACAUACUGUUGCCACACUAGUGCGCUAUUUGUAAAACAUUCACUCAUACCAUAAUUUUAUUAUAAAUUCGCUCAUUUGCAUACAUCAUAAUGUGAUACCACUUUUUAAAUAUCUGAUGUGACGUGUUUCGUAGAAUGUCUGUAGCGAUAAUUGUGGAUUAAUAAUGCCGAGGAAAAUCAAAUCCAUUAGUCAUGUAAUAUUCAUGCGCUUUUGUAUAUAGCUAAUUUUUUGACUCGCUGUUUUCUUCCUUUCUGUUGUCUUGCGAAAAUUUUUUAUAUAUUUGUAUUGCCAUAUAUUCUCUCAACAUAUUAUCCGUCUUGGAUUUCAAAGAUACAGAAGAUAGCAAUAUGUUUUCAAACACGUUACAUAUUUUUUAUUUGCCAUUUUUCCAUAUAUAUCACAUAAAAUAGUUACAUUCGUUAGAGUAUUCAUCAAGGAUGCGGGUGAUUGCGUAGCAUUGUCUCUCAUACUCUUUUUGUAUAUUUCGCUCUUUUCAAUUUUAUCCGACGUGGCUAAUAGAACUGGCAAAAAUAGAUUUUUAAACAACUGUAAAAUAUAUUUUGACACUAGUACGAUACUUGAUCAACGAAAAAGAAUUUAAGAUGGAGCGCUUUCUGUUUGAUCAUCUCGGUGAUUAACGUGGGAGCACGUUAAAGCUCAAGUUGUUUGUAAUAACAAAGUUAGUUAUUACUAAUUGUUAUUGCAAAUGUAUUAGUGCAAUAGAAUAGAGGGGAAAAAGCGUGGUGGCUCGUCAAAUGACGAGUAUAUGUAUAUAUAACUUAUGUAACUAUUAAAUUAAUAUUUCUAUUGAGUUAAUUAAUAUGCUCAAUGCCAAUGCGCAAGUAAACCUAAUCCAUAGGUGACAAAGUGCUAUAUAUGUAUCGCAAACCAUUAUAUAUUAUCGAAUACCAUUAUUUUAUCGUACAUUAAAGUACGUAUAAAUAUUGUUUCCUGAUUAUAAGAGAAGCAAUAAUUUUAAACACUCGCAAUUUUGUUUUUGCAGUAAGUUAAUUAUAUGAACGGACAGAAUGAAGAGAUUUUAUGGAACUGACGGAUCUGUCAAAAAUAUCAGAAUUUUGUUUGUAACUAUAAAUUAUUAAAACGUAUAGCCUUUCGUUAUAAAUUAGUAUAAAAUGUAUCAACAUAAUUAUAAACGUUUUUUUAACGUGGAUUAUACUUUUAAUUUAUGGUUACAACCAAACAAGCAAAAUUUUUUUUUUGCUAAGAAAUUAAUUGGCCGUAUAAGUCGCAGAUCAAAGAGAGAUAGUUCCAUAGCGCAUAUAUGUCAUAUUGUACAUCCGCUGUAAAGACUAUCAUGAUAAACGAAAAAUUAA